AUGGCUUUGGCUUCGACUACCACGCCGCCGCUGCCGCUGCGCCCGCUGUCGUCGGCCACGGAUCUCACCUUCUCGACUAUGGAUGCAGAUGCGAAUGCAGAUGUAUGGCAAUGGCUCACGGUUUGCAGGGACACGCAGAGCCUCACGCCGAGCAUCUGGGACUAUGUGCGCGCGUACGGCAGGACGUAUCACAGGUACAAGGCGGGCGCGUACCCAUUCCCCAACGAUGCGCAAGAGAGAGAGCGACUGGAUAUGCAACACCUGAUCAUAAAGGCCCUCUUCGACUCGCGGAACUACUUCGCGCCCUUGAAGCGACCAACGCGGAUACUAGACAUUGGCUGCGGAACAGGCAAAUGGUGCAUAGAGAUGGCCAAGGAGUUCCCAAAAGCUCGAGUCGAAGGCAUAGACCUCUCCCCCAUCCAACCCAACAACACACCCAUAAACUGCCACUUCUUCAUCGACGACGUCCGACGCAAAGAAUGGUUCCACCCCGCCGAGCCCUUCACCUACAUCCACACGCGCUUCUCCACCGGCAUCUACCGCGACUUCCGGCGCAUAAUCCAAAAGGGGUUCAACAACCUCGAGCCCGGCGGGUGGAUGGAAUCGCAAGAGAUCUUCACAAAAGUGUACUGCGACGACGGGACCAUGCCUUCCGACUACCCCUUGCUAGAAUGGCAGCAGCGCUCCGACGAGGCCGCAAUGGCGAUGGGGAAGCCGCUGCGCAUCGCAAAUAAAGUCAAAAUGUGGUACGAGCAGUGCGGCUUUCUGGACGUCAAGGAGGAGGUCUUCGCUAUUCCUAUUAAUGCUUGGAAUUCUUGUCCCAGGUAUAAGAUGCUGGGGAAGUUCUUUCGCUGGAAUAUUUGUCAGGGUUUGCAUGCGUGGACUGUGGAGUAUUUUUGUAGCGUGCUGGGCUGGACGGAGGUGGAGGUUGAGGUUUAUCUUGCGCGACUGAGGAUGGCGGUGGCGGAUAAGAGGGUUCAUGCGUAUUAUCGCGUAUAUGUAGUAUGGGGCCGAAAACCGCGCCUCGAUGAGCCCCCCUCCAAAGUCCCCAAACCACCAAGCUGGCCCCAAGAACUCCCCGAAGACGACGAAGAGGACGACGAGGUCCACUACUUGUAA